UUGAAAUCCCGUUGAUUGGAAUUAAUCUUUCCUUUUCUCGUUCACAGCAGAAAUCUAUUGAAAUGAACAUAGCUCGGAAACUUAAAUUCAUGGUACCGUGGAGUGUGUUCGUCUUUUAUUCACUUCUUCAAUUAUUUCAAGGAUCUCAUUGUGAAACCACGGGCCCUGGGCAAAACCAAUCAAAAAGGAGCAGAUUUGAUGCAGUUCUCCAGAAACGGAAUCUCCUAGCGGUAGAGGAUCAUAGUGCAUCUAUUGUGCAACAGGCAAGUUUAACCUACAAUUCUACAUACUCUGAAGGUGUCUGUUCACAUGAUUGCCUCAAUGGGGGCUUUUGCAGUCGGGAUGAUAAAUGUGACUGCAGGGAGCGCCAGGCUAACGGGAGCCGUUGUCAGACAGUUCCAAAUCUUGGAGUGGACAUAGCGGGAACAUGCAAGUCAUGGGGGCAAUACCAUUUUGAGACUUUCGAUGGCCUUUACUUUUAUUUUCCUGGAAAAUGUUCUUAUGUUCUUGCAAAAGAUUGUCGGACAACGGAGCCCCAGUAUAUGGUGGAGGUCCACAACAAUGAGGAAUGCACAUCUUCACCGUACUCGUGCUCGAGGACUUUAAGCUUGUUUUUUUCAAACGAAGAGGAAAUAACGAUUCUUGGUCAUUCAGUUACAAAAGGACGAAUCAGAUUGCUUUUGCCUCAGACUAUCGGGCACGCAUUCUUUGAACGUCUUGCUGAUUAUAUACUUGUGAAAACGACAUUUGGAUUUUCCUUGGCAUGGGAUGGGCUCUCUGGUGUUUAUAUUAAGCUCACAGAGGAACACAAAGGCAAACCUUGUGGUCUAUGUGGUAACUACAAUGGAGAUAUGUCUGAUGAUUUAAAUGCAAGCUAUAAUAUGGUGACUGAGGAUGUAGCUGUCUUUGGAAACAGUUGGAUGUCACAAUCUCCCUUUGAUUCCCCAUGUGAAUCUGUUCCAUUUGAUUUCCCUAGUCCAUGUCGGCACAAAGAAGCAGAAAUUAACGAUAUCAUUGCAAAAUGUGAAGUACUGGUUGGUUUCCCAUUUUUUACUUGUCGUGAAAAUGUCCAGCCGAAUUCAUAUGUCGCCAGCUGUAUUAAUGAUCUGUGCAAGGUGGAUGACACUGAAACUCAAUGCCGUGCCUUAAAAGAAUAUGCCAGGGCAUGUGCUCAUGCAGGCAACCCCUUAACAGAUUGGAGUGAUGAUUUUCCUGCUUGCAUUAAUCAGUGUGAAGAUAGUUUUGUUCAUCGCGACUGUAUUAGCUGCUGUCCACCGACUUGCACAUUUGAAAAGGAGUGUUUGGGGAGUAGCCUACACUGCCUGGAUGGUUGCUACUGCCCUGAUGGACUUGUCAUGGAAAAUGGAACUUGUAUAUCUGUGUCUGAUUGUCCAUGUGUAUAUCAUGGCACCGCCUACCCAAUAGGAUCUCACUUACAGGAGGGCUGCAAUAUGUGCAUCUGCAGAGGCGGUGUUUGGAAUUGUACAAACAGCGAUUGCCCAGCUGAAUGCUCAGUCACAGGAGACAUGCAUUUUACCACCUUUGAUGGUCGGAUUUUUACAUUCCUUGGCACAUGCCAGUAUAUCUUUGCAAAGAGCCACAGAAAUAACAAGUUCUCUGUGACAUUACAGAAUGCACCUUGUGGCCAGAAUCUGGAUCACAGUUGCAUUCAGUCAGUAACCCUGGUGACAGAAGGUGAUACAAGUAACCAAGUAACCUUAAGCAGGACAGGGGAAAUCCACCUUGGCAUCCACCAGGCAAUUAGCCUGCCUUAUAACAACGGAAUAAUUGAAAUCGCUAGGUUGUCAUCUUUAUUUGUACAAGUGAAGACAACCUUUGGUCUCUCAAUGAAGUUUGACAAUGAAGGUGGAAGGCUGUAUCUCCAGGUUGACAGCAGGUGGAAGGGAAACACUAUGGGUCUGUGUGGAACAUAUAAUGGAAAUUUACGAGAUGACUUUCACUCCCCUGUAGGUAUGAUUGAAGGUACGCCACAGUUACACGCUAAUGCGUGGAAGAUUUCUUCAGCUUGCAUAACUCCAGUAAAUAUUCCUUUGGUUGAUCCCUGUGAUACCAACCAACAAAAUGCUUUAUAUUCAUCCACAAUGUGUGAUCUUCUCAAUCAAGAUCUCUUUGCUCCGUGCCACACCUUUGUGAAUCCCAGUGUCUACUAUCAGCAGUGCCGCUAUGAUGCUUGCAAAUGUGGAAGUUUAUGCAUGUGCACUGCCCUUGCCCACUAUGCCUAUCUUUGCGCCAAACACAAGAUUUUCAUUGACUUCAGAUCAGACGUGUCAGACUGCGGUGUGGUCUGCCCAGCGAACAUGUUGUACCAUGUUUGUUCUUCAUCUUGUGGUCGCACCUGUGAAUCACUUUCUUUAUAUGAAAACUGUAGUGAUGAUUGUGCUGAAGGCUGCAACUGCCCCGAUGGGACAUUUCAUGAUGAAAUAGUACAUCUUUGUGUGACAAAAGCGCAAUGCUCCUGUCAAUUUAUGGGAGGAAUAUUUCAGGCAGGAGAGGUCACUUUCAGUAACUCCGGACCAUGCGUGUGCAGGAAUGGAAGAGUGGACUGUGUCCCCAGAGAACCAGAACCUGAACCAGGGGACUGUCCGCACAAUAAGAGAUAUUUUGACUGUCGAGAUCCCCAGCCUGGUUUGCCUUGGACAGGGGCAGCGUGUGAGGUCACUUGUGAAAACCUAAUGAUGAAUGUUACCUGUUCACCCAUGACACCCUGCAUUUCAGGGUGUGUUUGUUCCCCUGGGUUGAUCAAACAUGGUAGAGACUGCUUUCUGCCUGAAAGUUGUCCAUGCAGUUGGAAAGGGCAGGAAUAUUUGCCUGGAGAAGUGGUUUCUACACUUUGUUACACUUGUUUAUGUCAACGAGGAGUUUUUAACUGCACAUACCAUCCAUGUCCCGCUGUGUGCACCAUCUACAGUGAUCGACAUUAUCGUAGCUUUGAUGGACUGGAGUAUGAUUAUGUCAGUGACUGCCAAGUUUACUUGGUGAAGAGCAUCUCCAAUUUGAAUGUUCUUAUAACCGCACAAAAUGUGGAUUGUUAUGACAGUGGAAUUAUUUGCAUGAAGUCCCUUGUUAUUUCAGUUGGAAGCACCAAUCUUUAUUUCAAUGACAACUCUGGGAAACCAAGUUUGUCCGGAGUGAGAAGGGAAUCUAAUGACUUUCAGCUUUGGAAGGCCGGUUAUUACUCAGUGGUACACUACCCACAGCAGGAGAUUACAGUGUUUUGGGAUAAAAAGACAACCAUUCACAUUCAGCUUGGGCCACAGUGGCAAGGUAAGGUCAUGGGAUUGUGUGGAAACUUUGACAAAAAUACAGCGAAUGACAUGACUACAUCAAACAACAUGGAAGUAAGCAAUGCCCAAGCUUUUGGAGAUAGCUGGGCUCUUGGACAGUGUGUCAGCAGGAAUGGUAUCACCAGGCCAUGUGAGGCUGAUUUGAUAAGGCAGCCUUUUGCAAAGAGAGAAUGUGCUAUUCUGUACAGUGAGGUUUUUGCUCCUUGUCAUAAUGCGGUUGAUGUCACCUGGUUUUACAAGAAUUGUCUCACCGACACAUGUAACUGCAACCGUGGUGGGGACUGCGAAUGUUUCUGUACCAGUGUUACUGCUUAUGCACACAAGUGCUGUCAGAAAGGAGUGGCGAUCCAUUGGAGGUCACCUAGUGUUUGCCCUUUUGACUGUGAAUAUUACAAUCAAGAUCUUGGAGAAGGCCCCUAUAUGUUCAUAAACUACAUGUGGAAUGACACAGUUAUUGCAAGCAACAGGAUCAAUGGGAGCAUUUUACCUUUGCAAAUCGACAAUGCUGGAGAGAACAAUUUGAUGAAUUUCAUGAUUACACCUGGACUGUACAAAACAAAACAAUCAGGAUUGCCUGUUGUUUCCCUUGAGUCUGCUGAAAGACCAAAUUACUUCAUACACAUUGGUGAAAGUGAUAAUCUACGCUUGGAGCAAUGGGAAGACAACCAACAUUUCCAUGAAGCUGCUUCAUUCAUUCAUCACCAAAGCAACUGGAUCCCAGGCUAUAGCACGUUUGAAUUAUACAGCAGGAAGGGAUAUUUCAUCUCGCUGACAACAUCAGCUGUUAAAGUAGUUCAAUAUGAGUAUUCAGAAUCAUUUAGGCUCUCAAGUAGCUUCAGGGUUGAAGAAAGCAGCCUGGUUAUACCAUACAGAACAAUGUGUGAAUUUCGAUAUGAAGCCUGCACCCGUCCUUGCAUCAAAACAUGCAGCGACCCUCAUGCAAUAGCCUGCAAGUUUUUAUCACCGGUAGAGGGAUGUAUGGCACAUUGCCCAAAGAACAUGCUGUUUGAUGAAGUCACACUCAGAUGCGUAUAUCCAGAGGAUUGUAUUAACAUAACUACAACUGAUUUACCUUAUUUAACACCAACAACAUCUCCAGCAACAGAAGCAACAUACAGAUUUUCCACCACACCAAUGACGUCAGCAGUAAGACAGUUAACAAUGACCAUUCCUGGUCCAACAACAGCUCUUUCAACGAUGACAACCGUUACCUCUAAACCCCCGGUAACUUCCUCUACACCGGUUCAGACAACAUCUUUUACAUCUACAGAACCUGCUAUAAAGUCUACGGAGACCACUCUAACUUCGGUCGGGAGUACCAGUACAACAAACGUUACAACUGAGGUUCCAGGCCCACCUGGAACUUCUAUACACACUACUGAAAAGAUGCCUCCUUCCAGCAGCAUGGGUUACUCAACCACAUCAGCUAGCAACACUUCUGAAGUGAUUAUUUACCCAACACAUGGUGCAGAUACCACUGUUCAGCCAGAAGUAAUAAAACCUCAGUAUAGCACAACCACUGAAAGCACUGCAACUACAACAAGUCAACAGGUAACAGUGGCGGAGGCAGUAAUCACAACAGAGGGGGUAAGCAGCCAGUCUGCAGCACCAGCUACCACCACGAGCAGGACAUCGGCCCUCACUCCAGAAGUGCCUGCCACCCUUGUGACAACUCCAACUCCCUCAGUUUCAGCUUCAUCAAUGAGCGUUGAGGAGAAAGCCACAUCGGAGCUGACCACAGCGUCACAGACUUCUACUUUAACUCGGACAACACCUCUUUCUGCAACCAGUCCUCAGCUAGAAACUACAAUUCCAUUUGGAAUCUCUGAUUCUCAAACUGUGGCACCAUCGGUGACUCCAGCACUAUGCACAUGCCCUUUUAAUGUGACACAGCCAAGUUGUGGUUUUCUGGGAAUGCCGGUCCAGAUCAACAAUGAUAGGUGCUGCCCGCAAUGGGAGUGUCCAUGUCGCUGCUCAAUGUUCUCUGACCUACACGUCAUUACAUUUGAUGGCAAUGAUGUAGGAGUUUAUGAUGCUGCAGCCUAUGUAUUGACCCUGUUACCACAAGAAACUAUUGUUGCUCAUAUUGAACAAUGUUCAACCCGGGAGAGUGCAAAUUCUAUAAGGCGUCCUGUGCCUGGGGGAAACUCUGGAUUAUGCUUUAAAAAGUUGAACAUAACCUCGCAUAAGCACAGAGUUCUCAUUGAUCGACUUGAAAGAUUGACAACAGUGAACUCUCGGCCUGCUCGACUCCCCUUCACCAAAUUAGGCUUCCACAUACAGGAUACUGGAGCAAUGUACCUGAUCAAGACCCCAGCAGAUGUCACAAUUCAGUGGUAUCGUAGCACAGGCAUCAUUGUGUUGGAAUUUGGUUUGCCUUCCAACAGAACCAUAGGAACUAAAGGCUUGUGUGGCUGCUGCAAUGGCAGCCCUGCUGACGAUCUCAAGCUACUGAAUGGAACCAUUGUUACAGAAGUAGAAAAUAUAGGACUUUUCCUUGAAAGCUGGAUGGUUGAAACGUCUGGAUUAAAGAGAGAUUGCUUUCGAUGCCGAAAACAGAAUUGCACCACUGGUAACUGUACUGCUUGCUUUGACAUGUUGAACCAGAAUCCUUGGACCCUAUGUCAUCAGCAUGUCACCCCAGAAAUAUUUUGUGAGCUGUGGAUUAGAGAUUUUCAUUAUGUGACACACCAAUGUGAUGCUUUGGCUUUAUAUGCGGCUGCUUGCAAUAAAUACAAUGUUUGCAUUCCAUGGAGAACUCCAGAAUUUUGCCCACUCAGCUGCCCUGUAGGCAUGGAAUACCAACCUUGUGUGCCAGCUUGUGAAAGCAAAAUGUGUCAGAAUAAGGACUUCUAUUUGGAGCACGACCCCACUUGUUCAUUCAUCAGUGAGAGUUGUGUCUGUCCACGUGGGACUUUGCUGCACCAACCUGAUUCCAACUAUUGCAUUACUGAAGAAAAAUGUGCCUGCACAGACAAUGAAGGCCGACCACGAUCGGCAGGCGAGACCUGGAAUGGAUCUCAUAAAGGGUGCUGUAUGUACAACUGCUUGGAUAAUGGGACCAUCAUCUCUAUUGAACCUGAAUGCAGUGAAGUAUCAUCGCCAAUCUGUGAACGAGAAGGAGAGAUUAUUAUUGAUGUCAUUGAAGAAGGAGCAUGCUGUCCAAAGAAGAUUUGUGAGUGCAAUUUGACCAUAUGUGAAAGUGAUGUCCCAACAUGUGAAAAUGGAGACAAACUGAUGAUUGGCUACAGUGCCAUCUCCUGUUGCCCUGAGUACCGAUGUGAAUGCGACCCUCUGGCAUGUCCAACAAGUUCAUUGCCUGCAUGCAGGGAGGACCAGUUCCUUGUUGAAGUGCGAAUAGACGACUCUUGCUGUUUCUCAUUUCAAUGCGUGUGCGAAUCAUGCAUUGACCCAAUUCCGACGUGCAAUGAAGGAGAUGUUCUUGCAGUAGAUCUCAACACUGCUGAUCGUUGCUGUCCACUCUACCACUGUGUCUGUGAUGAAAACUUGUGUUCCCCUCCCAACAAGACCUGCGCUGUUGGAAUGAAACUUAUGAAGGUGCAGAUUUCAGGACUCUGCUGUCCUGACUGGCAAUGUGAUUGCAGCUGUGAAAACACUACCAUGAAGAUGUGUAGAGUGGGCGAAGUUCUAACAGAGGACCCUGGCUUUCAAGAUAUCUGCGGCUGUACUCGUUCCAUCUGCAGAAAAGCUGAUGUCUGUGUCUUCCAAGGUGUCACUGCACUUAAACUUGGCCAGUCACUGGUUCAGCACCUUGAAGGCGACCAAUGUUAUAUAGCAAGUUGUCUCCAGAGUGCAGAUCAACCCACAGAAUCUCCUUCAAUGGAAGUGUCGAUAGUUAACUGUUCUGCAAAAUGUGAACCUCACCAAGUCUAUGUUCCUUCAACUGAUCCGUACGUUUGCUGUGGAACUUGUAAGAAUAUGUCAUGCCCUUUUGAGGAAGAAGGCAGCAUUGUUUUACAUAAUGCUGGAACCUCAUGGAUUGUUGACUGUAUCAGAUAUGAAUGUGUGGAGACAACUGUUGGAGUCAUGAUGCUUGGCUCUGGAAUGGUCUGCCCACCAUUUAAUGAGACUGAAUGCAUGCAGAAAGGGGGAAUUACAAAGCUUUAUAUGGAUGGCUGCUGCAGGACUUGUUCUGGAUUGGGUUUAUUACCUUUUACCAUUAGUCCAGUAGUCCCAACUGGUAGUACUAACUGUGACACAGGCAAAGAAGAUGUAAGGCCUUGCCGAAAAUUAGAUGUCAAAAUGAUCAUUAGGAAAGAUGACUGCCGUACCACUGGCACUGUCACUGUGGCUUCUUGUGAUGGUAAGUGCCCAUCAGCUAUGAUAUUCAACACUAAUAUCAACAGCUAUGCAAAAUUCUGCAAAUGCUGCCGUGAAGUCGCCCUCACAGAUCUGACUGUGCCACUUUAUUGUGCGGGAAAUGCCACUUGGAUUGACUUUACAUUUCAAGAGCCAACAGAUUGUUCUUGUCGAUGGAAUUAAUCUACUUUAAGUACGAGUCAAACACAGAGUUGGAUAAUGGCCUAGAAAUUGGUUGUUUCUUACUGGAAAUAUGCUCAACAUGAUGUAAUAGAGUGCCCAUCACUCUUAGUAUUGGAAAUAGAUAAAGAGGCAUCAUAGUAAUAAAAGGAGGCUUUCACCGAUGAACUGCUGGAACCCAAGCAGUAGGCGUCUGCAGCUCACUCUCUCUAUAUAAGGCCCACGUCGCAUUGUUGAGUUGCAUUGUUCUGCUGGAAGGCACACUCCAAAACAAACCAAUUUCUGGGCCACUCAACAUUCAAAUCUACAUUUCAAAAUAUUAACUACAAAUUUAGAAUUGUUUUGUUUAAUACUUUACAAAUACCAUUUGUAAAUUAAGUAGAUAAUUAAGUAACCUUUUGUGGAAAUUAGCAGGUUCAAUGUUGUAACGGUAAUCCAAUAACAUUUGUAUUCACCUACUUUAGCUAUUAUAUAAGAAUAAUACUUUAUAACUAUGAAUGCUUUGGCUAUGUGAUAAAUGUUUUGUAUUACAAAAUUUAGUUCCUCAUGCAUUUCCUUUGCUAUGAGUAUCUGACAUUAAUUUCUUAAAUAGAUGCUUUACCUUCAGAUUGCUCAUAUCAAGCAGUUUACUUUUUAUAGACUGCCUACAAAUUGUAUUGCUCGUUACUUGCUGGCAUUAUUAAUUGUAAAUUAUAGUGUCGCAUAAUGUACUUGCUAAGCAGUUAUGCAACAAAUAAAA